AUGUCCCUCACAGAAACCGAAAUCCAGGCCAAGGCCGCUCUGCAGAAGUCUCUGCGCGAAUCCGAAGAUCUCAUUCAUUUUGAGCCCAGAGUUUACGGAGAUUGGCGUGAUGAGUUCCAUAAGAACGGUUGUGUUGUGAUCAAAAAUGUUAUCAGCAAGGAAAAGGCCAAGUACUACUGCGACAAGCAGAUCGAAUGGCUUCACAAGUUUGACUUGGGGUUUGAUGAGAAUGACGAGAGUACAUGGACAGCUGAGCACUUGCCAGUCAACUUCAAGGGAGGCAUGUACUAUGCAUAUGCUGCGCCGCACGAAAAGAUGGCUUGGGAAGCCCGUAUAGAACCUGCCGUUAUCGAAAUUUUCGAGAAGCUAUGGGAGACCAAGGAACUGAUUUCAUCAUUCGAUGGCUUGAACGUCUCUCUGCCCCGACGAAAAGAUCUUGCAGGAACCCCUUGGCCACACUGCGACCAGAACCAAGCUCGCAAGGGAAUGCAGGCCGUUCAAGGUCUCCUGAACUUUGCUCCAAACGGGCCCAAGGAUGGAGGCUUGGUCUUGAUGAAAGGUUCUGCCAAGCUUUUCAAUGAAUAUUUCUCUCAGGACAGGGAGUCGUAUGCACACGAAGAUGCUCCUCCACCAGAGCUGAAGUAUCAAGAUCUUUUCUUAUUCGACCCAAAGGAUCUCAAGUGGUUCGAAGAUCGUGGUUGCGAGCUAGUCAAGAUCAACAUGGAACCUGGCGACUUUGUUCUCUGGGAUUCGCGCACCAUUCACUAUGCCGAAUUGCCUCAAGGCGACCAGAUUCGACACGUUCAGUAUAUCUGCAUGACACCUCGUCGAUUUGCGACUAAAGAAGCUCUGGAACUUAAGAAACAAUGCUUUAACAGCUGGAUGGGUACCACCCACUGGCCACACUGCAAUAUCCGCCCAUCCGCUGAGAAGCCUAUGCGGAAUGGCAAAGUCUGCCCGAAGUACCGCAUAGAACCAUUUGAGAAGCCUGAACUAACGGACCGCCUGUUGCAGCUGGCUGGAGUGAAGGGUUAUGAUUAA